AUGGACGAGACGAGGAAGAUGCUCGUCAUGAUGAUUAUACAUCGAUCUAUGAAUCUGACCAUGCAAGAGGUGACGAAGAGGAUGCUCGUGAUGAUGAUUGUAGAUCGAGCUGUGAAUCUGGCCAUGGAAGAGGUGACGAGGAGGAUGCCGCGGGCGCCGUACCUGCCUCACGAGCUAAUCGCGUGGGAGAUCCUCCUCCGGCUGCCCGUCAAGUCGCUGAUGCGGUUCAAGUGCGUCUGCAAGGCGUGGCGUGACACUGUCUCGGGCGACACCUUCUCCCAGGCGCACACUUGCCGACUUCGCCGGCAAACCAUGAAACCUUCCAGCCUCCUCAUCGCGCCAUAUAUCAGAAUGGUCGACCGCCAUGGUCCCUUCAAUGACCCUGUGUACACCACACCGGGGUUGCACCUGUGGGAGGGGAACCAGCGGAACGACAGCGUCAUGACCCGGUUCCCCGCGGAUGAUUGUUGGAUGCAAACAAGGCAUGGGUUCGCGCACUGCGAUGGGCUUGUCAUGAUGCCUGACGCCGAGAACACCGUGCGCGUGCUCAACCCGGCCACACGACGCAGCCUGACGCUGCCAUUGAGCCUCAACUGCGCCACCUGUAUGUGUUUUCUCUAUGAAGGCCAAGUCCAGAACACGUUCGGUUUCGGGCGCGACCCUCGCUCCGGCGCGUACAAGGUCGCUCGCUUCUUUCACCGUGAUAUACUUGACGCCCCCUUCCCUACAUGUAACCUUGGGAUGGAGGUGUUUACCAUCGGAGAGGACGACUGCUGGCGUGAGACAGUUGCCAAGCCACCGUGUCCUUUUCUAGUGGGACGAACGGCGACCUUCUUUAAGGGCUCCUUGAUCUGGACAGUCGAUUAUGAUUCGCCUCCUUAUGGGGACACGCUUUAUGAUGAUGACGGAAACGAGGUAAUGUUUGUCCGCUUCAGCUUGGAAGACGAGUCAUUCAACUCCAUAACUGCGCCUCGAUGGUACCUUGGGUCUGGUUACGAGCGGUUCAGAUUAGCCGAGCUGCACGGGGAGCUAGCAAUGGCGUGUUCCAACAAGAACUCGGUCGUAUGGAUGUACGACGAUGUAGACAGUGUCAACCCGCCACAUUCGGUUGAGGGUCUUGUCCUGGACUUUCCCUACCAGUCCCGCACACGUCUGGUUGCCGCGUUUGAUGGUGGGAUAGUGUUUCAAGACGAAUCGGAUAGCCUCCGUUUCCUGACAGGUCAAGGUUCUAUCCAUAUGGUUGGCGUGAACACCCUCAAGUUUAGAGACACUCACACCGACAUGCUUGGAGAAUGCUUAGACAUAACUUUCCAUGGCUUUGAUGUAAUCCCUUAUAUUCCGACCCUAGUUCCAAUCUAG